AUGGAGAGAAAGCAUGGCCUCCUGAGUGAGGCUGCAGAGGCCGGACGCUGGGGGGUGGCCGUCUCAGUCUCCCGCCAAGCCUGGCUGGAAGACCUGCUGCACCUGGAAGGUGGAGACUGUCCCCGGGCCCCAGUCACCAGCGACGCAGGUAGACACCGGACCCUGGAAGCCAUGGCGGCAGCAGGAACCCAGGGAAAGGCGCCCGAGAAAGUCAUCGCCCAGAGGGUGAGCGGAUCCGUCAAGUGGUACCACGUGAAGUGCGGGUACGGUUUCAUCAUAAGGCACGACACGCAGGAAGAAGUGUUCGUUCACUGCUCGGACAUCGUCCGGAGCGGUCCUCGCAAGCACUGGCGCUCCUUGGGCACCAGGGAGGCUGUGGAGUUCGACGUGCUGCAGGGUGAGCGGGGCACCAAGGCCGUCAACGUGACCCGGCCAGCUGGCGCCCCAGCGAAGGGCUGCUGCUUCUUCAACAUGUACCUUGGAGCGCCACAGCCUCUCUGUGGUACCAGGGGCGCCAAAGAGGACGUCGUCGACGGCAAGGCCGGCAGAGGAGACGUCCCCGCAGCCAAGGGCCAGACGUACUGCCUGACCAGCAACCCCUACACCCAGCGACAGUGGCGCUUCCCGCCCUUCCAGGAGGCCCCGGGCGCCACCUGCAGCCCUGCCACCUUAGCUCCCGUCAAUGACCGGUGGGCCGUGCACCUGCCUGCGCCUGCACCAGCCGCAGGGCCCGAGGGCGCACCGGGCCCACCGCCGCAGGGAUGUGGGCUCAGCUACCGUCUGAGCCGCCCUAGGGGCCGAAGCACUGCCCCUUAUCGGAAGCCCUCACCCGAAGUCACCCAGGAGCUGGAAGCAGAAAAGAUCGACAGCUGGAGCGCUGCCCACCGCCUGCAGCAGGGGUCCCCACCACGCUAUGGAUGCCACUGGCCAAACUACCCCUGGGGUUGCUAUCGCCUGCAGCAGCCGCCUGACGAACAAGGCCAGACACCCGAAGGAGGAGAGGGUGAGAUCUGGAAGGGCCCUGCUGGGAAACCCGCUUGUGUCGCCCAGAAGACCAGCGCCUCCGAGGGGGAAGCCGCAGUUGCAAGAGCCUCCUCUGCUGCUCAGGCCCAUUAUCAGCUCGGCUGCCUCCCAGGGACUCCCAGCCCCAGAAAAGCUGCCCACCAGCAAGACCCCAGGUACCCCAUGUCCCUGGCAACCUAG